AUGGAGGCGUUGUCGUCCACGAUGUUGUUAUGUUUCCGAUUCCUCCUCCUGUUCCCGUUCUUGCUGCCGCUGGCACGCUGCCUUCCAUCGCCAUCGCGGCCACCCUCACGCUACUGCCGCCGAUGUUGCGACCACCUGGAUCCACAUGCCUCGAGCUCUACUCCCUACUACCGCCUGCCAGAGGUCCGCACCGUGGUCAACAUGACCAUCCUCAAAGGUGACAAAGGCGACCGAGGGGACAAAGGCACUCCUGGUAAGCCUGGCCUGGAAGGGCCCUUGGGCCCACCAGGGCCGGCGGGCCCUCAGGGCGCCAAGGGUCAAGCGGGUGCACCCGGGGACCCCUGCAAGAACCCGCGCGCCGCGUUCUCAGUGGGCCGCCGCAAGUCCCUGCACAGCGUAGACUACUACCAGCCACUUGUGUUCGACACGGUCUUCGUCAACCUGCACGAGCACUUCAACAUGUUCAAGGGCAAGUUCUACUGCUACGUGCCCGGAGUCUACUUCGUCAACCUCAACGUCCACACGUGGAACUUCAAGGAGACCUACGUGCACCUCAUGCGUAACCAGGAGGAGCAGGUCAUCCUCUAUGCGCAGCCCAGCGAGCGCUCCAUCAUGCAGAGCCAGAGCGUCAUGAUGGACCUCCAGCUUGGGGACGAGGUCUGGGUGCGCCUCUACAAGCGCGAGCGCGACAACGCCAUCUACGGGGAUGACGUGGACGUUUACAUUACUUUCAACGGCUACCUGGUGUCUCCCGCCGUGCAGUGA